UGCAGCGACGCAAACAAACUUGUUCCCAGCAGUGUUCGGUUCACUCCGGACGCCAUUCCAGCGUCGACGCUUCUAAACUUUUUUUUUUUUUUACCAUGAGUGUCGUGGCCUCUGACACCGCGUUCUUCUCCGCUCUACAGCCCAGCACCUCGGUCACCACCUACGGACUUCCGUCUGACAGUCAGCUGGAGAAUGGAGGCUCCGUGUCGGACGAGAUGGCGAGGUCGGUGCGCGUCCAGCAGCAGGUCAAAAUGAGACUGGCGGAGAAGUCCACACUUCCGCGACAGAAUGGAUCGGCGUCACAUUACGCCAUGUCAGAUUACGGCGGUUCUUCGACAAUGAAAUAUCAAAGCUACAACCCAGGUUAUAGCGCAAAGUCGUCCUACAUGUACACAGGCUCCAAAACAAUGGGCCCGCGUGUGUCUCAGAGGACUAAUUACAGCUGCCAGUCUGCUGGCCCGGAUCUGGCCCAGCUCCACCGUAUCAGUGUUGGAGGUGGUGGUGUAGCUGGUGGUGGUGGUGGUGGCGGCGGCGGCGUUUUUUACAGAGAAGACAUGCGCAUGGGCGGCUACCAAGUGGGGACCACCGGACGUCAGAACCGACUGGAGUCAGACUACUCUAUGCAUUCGAUGCGACAGCAGCCCGUACCUGUGAAUCCAUGGGCGAUCGAUAACAGCGAUGCCGGCAGUUUAGUCUCUGACCGUGAUGCCACCUUCGGCCGCCAGUAUGCCCAGAGCGCAGUCAAUGGCUACUCUACCCAAAUAAGGCAAGGUGGAGGUGCUAUGACCCUAGUACCGACCAUACAACGCUCUCUCAGUAGCACUCUUUCCCGUGGUGGCGGGAUGACGGCAGGAGACGUAGAAAUGAUUCAGCAACAUUCCUUCAAAGGCCCGGCUCACCGCACCAUCAGCAGGAUCACAAACCGUAACCGGAUGUCUGGGAGCGGCUACAUUCGAGGGGGGGACACAGUGGACAGAGGGUUCAUCACAUCCGGAGUGUCCUCUGGCUCCCAGGGGAACUUGCAGCGUCUGGGCACCAUUUCCCGCGCAAUGUCCACCAAAAGCAUUCAAAGUGUCGGCAGGGGCGGGGACAUCUACAUGGGGCAGAUGGAGAGAGGAAUGAGCAUCGGCAACCUCAGCGGGAUCAAUUCCUUGGACAUGCCCACAGCUGUGCAACACCUGAGGGAGCCCGACCACGAUCUGCAGGUUCUGGGCGCAGCCUACAUUCAACACGAGUGUUACAAUGACAGCGAUGCCAAACAUGAGGUGCGUCGCCUGAAAGGCAUUGGUGAUCUGGUGAAGCUGUUCAACAGCGACAGCCAGGAAGUGCAGCGCUACGCCACCGGUGCCGCGCGUAACCUCAUCUAUGAGAACAUGGACAAUAAAGUGGCCCUGAUCGAGGAGGGCGGCAUCUCACAGUUGAUCGAGGCACUUAAGGACUCGGACGACGAGCUCCACAAAAACAUCACAGGCAUCCUGUGGAACCUUUCAUCCAAAGACAAUCUCAAGCAGAAACUGGCCAGGGAAACGCUUCCAGAUCUGACUGAGAAGAUCCUCAUCCCUCUGUCUGGCAGUGACGACUCCGAGGACCUCCAUCAGUCCGCCUCUCAGUCAGAAAUCUUCUACAACACCACAGGAUGCCUCAGGAACCUGAGCUCUGUGAACGAGAAGACCCGUCAGCAAAUGAGAGAGACACACGGACUGGUGGACUCUUUGGUGAACUACAUCAAGGCCUCCCUUGAACAGAACAAGGCAGAAGACAAGGGGGUGGAAAAUGCAGUGUGUGUCUUGAGGAACCUCUCUUACCAACUCUACUCUGAGAUGCCUCCAUCUGCUAUGAUGCGCCUGGAAGGACCAACCAGAGAUCAGGACUCAGGGAAGGGUGACGCCAUUGGUUGCUUCACGCCCCAGAGCAGGAAAGCCAAAAAUAGCAAGAACCAGGAUCUCUCCACUUUCACCGAGGUCGCUCGGGUGCCAAAGGGUACGGAGUGGUUGUGGCACCCUCAGAUCGUCGGGUUAUACAACCGCUUGCUGCGUCAGUGUGAAAUCAACUCCACCACGCGUGAAGCGGCCGCUGGAGCUCUGCAGAACAUCACCGCCGGCGAUAAGAGAUGGGCGUCAGUGCUGAGCCGCGUGGCUCUGGAGCAGGAACGCGUUCUGCCGGUGGUGAUGGACCUGAUGCGUACCAACAAUGACCUGGAGAUGCGUUCCCUCACAGGCUUCCUCAGAAACCUCUCCCGCCACACCAGAGACAAGGGAGACAUGGCAACAAAGGUGGUAAACAACCUAGUGACUAAGCUGCCAGUGGAUGGACACCAGAAGGAGCCUUCCAGUGACGUGGUGGUCAACAUCUGUGGUGUUCUCAACAACUUGGUGACCAGCAGCUCUUUAGCUGCCAGAGACAUCAACUACUUUGGCGGACUAACGAAACUGGUCGGCAUUAAGAACUCAUGUGACAGCAGUCCUGGGAGGAUGAAAGCAGCGAAAGCAGCAGCCACAGUUCUCAGCAACAUGUUCCAGUACAAGAAGCUGCACAAACAGUACAAACAGAACGGGUUUACAAGAGUGGAUUUUGCAGAUACUACAAUGUAAAAUGAUGGUAUUGUAGUUCUCUUCUAUAACAGCAAUCAGUCCUGCACACUGCCAGCACCUGACAGGACAAAUCUCUUCAGGUGUGCAGUGGCACAUAGACUCUUCAUACUGCAUAUAUAAAGAUAACCAAUCUUAAUCUGCCAUAAUUUGUAAUAAGAACAUAGACACACAUGUCAUAGAGGAUGCACUCGAUGGAGAAUGUUCCUUUUUUUUUUUAUUUACAACUCGAUGGACAUCUGCAAGAACUGUGGUUCAGUGAAGUUGGACUAAUAAUGGACUCUUGAUACAAAUAAGUGCACCUUAACCUUCUAAUGUUUGAGCUGUAUGUGUGUGUGUCGUGUAGAAUCCGGGAUUUAUUCUUUUUUCAAAAACAUGUAUCCACAUAAAACCACAUCUUUGUUAUUCUGCCAUUCACAAACAUUGUCCAGUUAAUGGACAGUAUGGUGCCUUAUGAUUGUCUCUUAAUUCACUGCAUUAAUGCAACAGUGUUGGUACUGACAUGGCUGUUUUUGUAAAUAUUGUUUUCUCUUUUUCAUAGAAAAUCAAAUUGAAUGUUUAAUAUACUGUAGCUCUGUACUUUUUGUAGUUUUGGAUAAAGAAAUGUGUUUAUAAGCAGAAAAUAUUAUAAUAUGUAGUCAAAACUGACUGUAUACAGAGGAGAUAUUUAGAAAUACUGUGUAAGGUAAUCUGGAUUAUAAUUUGAUAUAUAGAUUUUGGGAUAAAUAUUCUGCCUCCAAAGUUAACUGUUGUAUUUACUUGUGGGUUUUUCUAAGUUUCUGUAUUUAGCACUCACCUUAACGCAUAAAACACAGUUGGAAUUGGACAACUGUUUUUUCUUCGACAUGCCUAAUGUUUGUUUAAUUAUAGAGUGUGUGAAACACCGGGGUGAAAGGAUAUGGUCUGAACUUUGUUGUCAAAACAAAUGCAAUAUUUGUUUUGUAUUUCAGACAAAUUGCAACAUUGGACAGGUGGCAAGUUGAACACUUUUGAAUCUAUAACAUCAAUGUCAUUUAUAACAUCAGUGUGUCUGUGUUAGUGCUUUCGAUGAAAUUGUAUUUUAUAUUUGCCUUUGUGUUGCAUAAAGGAAAUAUAUCAUCUGGAUUUUUUUCAGCUAAUAAAGAGAAAUGUCAUUCCUUCAACA